CGCCUCUCCUCCAACAUGGCCGCGAAGUCGGAUGGAGGAGCGGCAGGCGCCGCCGCCGCCGCCUCCGCCUCGUCGUCGCUCGUGCGCCGGGAGGGAUCCGGCGGCGGCGGCGGUGGAGGGAGCGGCGGGGCGGAGGCAGCGGCGGCGGCGGGAGCUGCAGCUCCAGCUUGGCCCGGGGGUCCCGUCGAGGAGGGCCGCCGCCCCCUCCGCUGCCCAACCCGGGCAGCCCCGCCGCCUCGGGCUCGGCCGCCGCCGCCCCCGCCGUCGCUGCUGCUGCCGGGCCGCGAGUACAGCCUGCUGGACUGCUGCUGGGUGCUGGGCGCCCUGCUCGUCUUCUUCUCGGACGGCGCCAGCGACCUGUGGCUGGCCGCGCACUACUACCUGCGCGGCGAGUACUCCUUCUUCGGGCUCACGCUGCUCUUCGUGCUGCUGCCCUCGCUGGUCGUGCAGCUGCUCAGCUUCAGGUGGUUCGUCUACGACUUCUCCGCGCCCAGCCGAGCCUCGCCGGGGCCGCGCCGCACCGCCUUCAGCACCAAGGACAGCGCCAGCACCAAGGACAGCGCCCGAGCCGGCCUCCAGCCGCCGCCGCCCCCCCAGCCGCCUUCUCCGCGGGCUUCCUCCGGCGGCGGCUGCUGCCGCCUCUGCGUCUGGAUCCUCCAGUCCCUCAUCCACCUCCUGCAACUCGGCCAGGUCUGGAGGUACCUGCGGACCCUCUACCUGGGUCUCCAGAGCCGCUGGCAGUCGGAGCAUCGCCGGCGGCACUUCUACUGGAGGAUGAUGUUCGAAAGCGCCGACAUCAGCAUGCUGCGGCUCCUGGAGACCUUCCUCAAAAGCGCCCCGCAGCUGGUGCUGCAGCUCAGCAUCAUGGUGCAGCAGAACAGGAUUGAUCCUUUGCAGGGUCUCUCGGCUUCCGCCUCGCUGGUGUCCCUGGCCUGGACGCUGGCUUCUUACCAAAAGGUGCUGCGGGACUCCCGGGAAGACAAGAUGCCCAUGUCCUACAAGGGGGCGGUGACACAAAUCCUCUGGCACCUCUUCACCAUCGCCGCCCGGGCCAUCGCCUUCGCCCUCUUCGCCUCGGUGUUCCACCUCUACUUUGGGAUCUUCAUCGUCACCCACUGGUGCAUCAUGACCUUCUGGAUCAUCCAAGGCGAGACGGAUUUCUGCAUGUCCAAGUGGGAGGAGAUCAUCUACAACAUGGUGGUGGGCAUCAUCUACAUCUUCUGCUGGUUCAACGUCAAGGAAGGCCGCAGCCGCUGCCGCAUGUCCAUCUACUAUGUCAUCAUCCUGUCGGAGAACGCCGCCAUGACGGGCCUCUGGUACUGGUUCAGGGACCAGAGCGGGGUCCCCGAGUCCAACGCCUUAAUUGUCGUCUGCGUGGUCACCUCCAGUUUCGCCUUAGGGGUCUUCUUCAUGUUCAUCUACUACUGCCUCUUGCACCCCAACGGAACCAUUUUCGGGCCGCGCGGCGGGGGCUGCGUGUGCGGCGAGGAGCCCACAGCGGUCCCUUGCGGGGUGGGGCCCCCGGCCGACGUCGUCACCAGCCCCCCGCGCUCCUUGCCGAGGACUACAGGGGCCGAGAGGGAGGGCGUGCCGGGGGACAGAGACAGCUGCGUGCCGGUCUUCCAGGUGAGGCCCAGUGUCCCCCCCACACCCGUCGCCCGGGCCCCACGGACAGAGGGGCCCGUCAUCCGCAUCGACUUGCCCCGCAAGAAAUACCCCGCCUGGGAUGCCCACUUCAUCGACAGGCGCCUCCGAAAGACCAUCCUGGCGUUGGAGUACACCUCGCCCGCUACUCCGCGCCUGCAGUACCGCACGGUGGGGGUCUCUCAGGAGCUGCUGGAGUAUGAGACCACGGUGUAAAGCGGAGCCCCCCCUCCCGUGGGGGCCUGGAGCCACACUGCAGGGGCCCUUCCCGACCCCGAGGGCCACGCCUGGCUCCUCAGCAGCCAGAGCGAGCUGGCCUUGUGGUCCUCUCCCCGCCAUCUUUAGGGCGAGGCGACGGAGGCCCAGAAAGCAGCGUCUUGACCCCAAUGUCUCGUCAGCAACUUUGAUUUGGUCUUUCUUUCUGUCCCCCCAACUUACACACACACAGCACUGACGACUCCUGGUCCCCAACUCCUCCAGAGACAGGGGUGAGCUGGAUUGAGGCCAAUUGGUGCUAUCUCUCCUCCGCAGUCUUGCUGCCCGGCCGUAAGGUUUCUUCUCAUCCCCCUCCCCAUGCCUCAGGCAGGGUGUGCUGUUUCUCCUCCUGCCUUGAAUAGGGGGGGAUGCCACCCACCCCCUAGAUGCGCCCCUGUGAAGGAGGCCCUGUGGUCUCUCCCAAAAUACCUCACCUGUUCACCUGAGCCCAGGUAGCUAAGGCCUCUCAAGUCUGUGGAUUAUUUGCUGACCCUCUGGUUGUUGGGCAAUGGGGAGAAUAGGCCGCCUAAGAGUGGCUGGGCAGUGAUGAUGGGGUCCAAGUUAAGCUGUGGGCAGGUGGCGCCGUUGAUUCUGGGGAUGCUAAGGGGUGCUGGAGAGUCAAAAGAUGGCUUCUGGGAGGGAGAUAGGAGUGGCUCAUAGGGGCUGGCGAUGGGCCUUCAGGGGCUGUGUGCUACCUGCUGGCAUCUGUGUCGGUUUGAUGCGAGGGUCCGGGGCCACCUUCCCUUCCCUGGUGCCUUCCAGAAGUUUUGGGCUACAACUCCCAUCACCCCAAACACCUGGAGGGUACCAGAGAAGGCUGGUCUGGGGCACAUUGGUAAUAUAAACAGACCCUUCUGUAAACAGACCAUGGGGCUGAAACGAGAGCAGAUUUAGCCCUCAAAAACAUGACCGCCCGUCUCGUUCCUCGUCCAUCUCCAUUGGGUGUCCGUUUUCUCGCGACACGCGUCCCCUCAUUUAAAUAUGUGUAGAUUUGACAUUGA